AAGGGUUCCAAAAGGGUAAUUUGGCUGUCCCCAUAGGAUAACUUUUUUUAUUUCCAGAAAUCUUUUUGGUUCCAGGUAGAACCCUAUUGGGUUCCAUGUAGCAUACAGCAUAUCCUACUGUAUAUUCUUACUAAUUUAUGCUUUCUGAGCAUCACUCAGGGCACUCUUUUAUUGGAAUGAAUGAGGGACAUAACAUCCCCCAAAUUGUAAAGAGAUAGGAAGGGCUACCAUCUCCUCCCUCUGCCUUUACCUCUCUCUAUCUUUCCCUCUCUCUUUCUGAGUUUGAAAGUCUCCUCCCUCUUCAGAGAAUGGGAGCAUGAGGGAUUGCCUCAGUUGUCUUCAGAGAACAUAUGUACACCUCCCAUUCUAUAUGUGCCUGUCUAUCUCACUCCAUCUCCCAGUCUCUAUCUCUCCUCCCUUCUCUGCCUCUGGACCCACUGCCUGCCUCUACCACUGUUGCUCUCUGCCUGCCUGACCUGUCCUCAGGCUGAGGAUAACUCAUCAGGAAGAGGAGUUUGUCUAAUAAAGGAACAUCUACACUGGUGAAAGAUUCCCACACCAGGAUGCAGCGGAUCCGGGAGGGCAUCCACAUAAGGACCAUGAAGGCCAAGAGGAAAGUGGAGGACAUCUCUAAGGAAGACGUCCAGGCCUUCUUCAAGAAGAACGCCUUUGUGCUCUUUACUGUAGCGGCCGUCGUUGUAGGUAUAAUCCUUGGCUUUGCACUGCGUCCCUAUAAAAUGACCUACCGAGAGGUGAAGUACUUCUCUUUCCCUGGAGAGCUGCUGAUGAGGAUGCUGCAGAUGCUGGUGCUUCCCCUGCUGGUAUCCAGUCUCAUCACAGGCAUGGCAGCGCUGGACAGUAAGGCUUCAGGAAAGAUGGGCAUGCGAGCUGUGGUGUAUUACAUGACCACCACCAUUAUCGCUGUCAUCAUAGGCAUCAUCGUGGUGCUCAUCAUCCACCCUGGGAAAGGAUCUAAGGAUGAGUUCAUGAAACAGUCGAAGAUAGAGGACAUCAGCCCUGCCGACGCCUUCCUGGAUCUCAUCAGGAACAUGUUUCCACCAAACAUGAUCCAGGCCUGCACACAGCAGUUCAAAACCAAAUACGGGAAGCGAAUCGUCCAUGUGACGAUGACAGUGAACGACUCUGUCUUCAACCUGACCAACCUGACCGAGCAGAUCACCAGGGAGGAGGUGAUCCCCAUCCCGGGCACGGUGAACGGGGUCAACGCCCUGGGGCUGGUGGUCUUCUCCAUGUGCUUCGGCCUCAUCAUCGGCAACAUGAAGGAGCAGGGCCAGCCCCUCAGGGAGUUCUUCGACAGUCUCAAUGAGGCCAUCAUGAGGCUGGUCGCCAUUAUCAUGUGGUAUGCCCCAAUCGGUAUCCUGUUCCUCAUAUCGGGGAAAAUCGUGGAGAUGGAUGACAUCACUGAGAUGGGUGGUCAGCUGGCCAUGUACACCAUCACGGUGAUCAUAGGCCUUUCCAUCCACGCUUUCAUCAUUCUCCCAGGCCUGUACUUCGCCAUCACACGGCUGAACCCCUUCAUCUUCAUCAUGGGGCUAGUGGAGGCCCUCAUCACAGCCCUGGGAACCUCCUCCAGCUCAGCAACUCUGCCCAUCACCUUCAAGUGUCUGGAGGAGAACAACAAGGUGGAUAAGCGCAUCACACGGUUUGUGUUACCGGUGGGCGCCACCAUCAACAUGGAUGGAACAGCACUAUACGAGGCUCUGGCAGCCAUCUUCAUAGCCCAGGUUAACAACAUGGAGAUGAACAUAGGUCAGAUCAUCACAAUCAGCAUCACAGCCACUGCGGCAAGUAUUGGAGCUGCUGGGAUCCCACAGGCUGGACUGGUCACCAUGGUGAUUGUGCUGACCUCUGUUGGACUUCCCACUGAUGACAUCACCCUCAUCAUUGCGGUUGAUUGGUUCCUUGACCGGCUGCGUACCACGACAAACGUCUUGGGCGAUUCCAUUGGGGCAGGCAUUGUGGAGUUCCUAUCUCGACACGAGCUGCAGGCCAAGGAUGUGGAGAUGGGGAACGCUGUACUGGAGGAGAGGAAGAAACCAUACCAGCUCAUCUCUCAGGAAAACGACUACGAGAACGCCAAACGUCCGGGCACUGAAACCAAGAUGUAGCUCAAUGCUCACACACAUAUACACGUUUUGGUUUAGUUUAGUUUUUAUUCUUUGUCAUAUUUUUCCAGUUAUUGCCACUGUGCCAUAUUUCCUUUCCUUUGUUGUUUUGUCAUUCAUAAAGUCCCUUUUACAAACAAACGAAUAAUUAUCUCCCUGAAGUGGCCCAAUCAAAUUGCUUACAUCUGCUGCCGCUCUACAAGAUAGAUAGGCUUCCUGUUUUUGUGGUUUUUCUGGCUAUUUUUGUGUUGAGUUAAGUCAUCUUGGCCUAGAAUAAGUACGUGGUAUAAUGGUAUAAGUAAGGAGGAAGUUGAUCAGGGCGUUGGUGUCAGAAAGGUAUUUUGUAAAAAGAUCGAAAGACAACAUAUGUUUGAAUGACUGAACAAGCGAUAUCCUUCACAAAAUGCAACAGAGAACACAUUUCAUUUGAUACUAAUGACAUUAGGCCCUAACAUACACUACAUGGCCAAAAGUAUGUGGUCGCCCCUUCAAAUUUGGAUAUUUUAGCCACACCCGUUGCUGACAGGUGUAUAAAAUCGAGCACACACCCAUGCAAUUUCCAUAGACAAAAAUUGGCAGUAGAAUGGCCUUACUGAAGAGCUUCGUGGCUUUCAAUGACUUUCAGUGUGUCACCAUCAUAGGAUGCCACUUUUCCAGCAAGUCAGUUUUUUUCAAAUUUCUGUCCUGCUAGAGCUGCCCCAGUCAACUGUAAAUGCUGUUAUUGUGAAGUGCUAGGC